AUGCUCCUAAGGAAGCGACGCAGGCACGGGCCAUGCAGGCUGCAGUUCCUGCUGCUCUUCCUGACGCUGGGAUGCGUGCUGCUGAUGGUGGCUGUGCUGCACCCUCCCCCGCAGGCCCCGCACCAGGCGGACGCAGCCCAGGCCGCCCAGCACAACCCCGAAGCUGGGUACCGCCUGGACUUUGGGGAGUCCCAGGAAUGGGUGCUGGAGACCGAGGAUGAGGACCAAGAGUACGAGCCCUUGGAGGGCCUGCCGCCCUUGAUCUCGCUGCGGGAGGAUCAGCUCCUCGUGGCCGUGGCCUCACCCAGGGUACGAAGGAACCAGAGCCAGGACAGGAGAAGUGGCAGCUACCGGUUCAUCAAGCAGCCGAGCAGGUGGCUAGACCAGGAGGCCGCAGAGAAGGACUGGGGGGCGGAGGAGGAAGACGAUGAGGAGGCAUCUGAAGAAGAUAAGCGGAUCAAGCUCAGCCUGGAGGAGACGCUCAGCGCCCGCAUCCCCCUGCAGAGGGCGCUGCCCGAGGUACGGCAUCCGCUGUGUCUGCAGCAGCACCCCGAGGACAGCCUGCCCACGGCCAGCGUCAUCCUCUGUUUCCACGACGAGGCCUGGUCCACCCUCCUGAGAACGGUGCACAGCGUCCUGGACACGGCGCCCAGGGCCUUCCUGAAGGAGGUCAUCCUUGUGGACGACCUCAGCCAGCAAGGACAGCUCAAGACCGCUCUCAGCAAGUAUGUGGCCAGGCUGGAGCGGGUGAGGCUGCUCAGGAGCAGCAAGAGGCUGGGUGCCAUCGGGGCCCGGAUGCUGGGUGCCACCAGGGCCACUGGGGACGUGCUGGUCUUCAUGGACUCCCACUGCGAGUGCCACCCGGGCUGGCUGGAGCCCCUCCUCAGCAGAAUAGCUGGUGACAGGAGCCGGGUGGUGUCUCCAGUCCUAGACGUGAUCGACUGGAAGACUUUCCAGUAUUUCCCCUCCAAGGACCUGCAGCGGGGUGUGCUGGACUGGAAGUUGGAUUUCCACUGGGAGCCUUUGGCAGACAGUGAAAGGAAGGCCCUCCCGUCCCCCAUCAGCCCCAUCAGGAGCCCUGUGGUGCCCGGCGCGGUCGUGGCCGUGGAUAGACAUUACUUCCAAAACACUGGAGCGUAUGAUCCUCUCCUGUCACUGCGGGGUGGUGAAAACCUCGAACUGUCUCUCAAGGCCUGGCUUUGCGGUGGCUCGGUUGAAAUCCUUCCCUGCUCUCGGGUGGGGCACCUCUACCAGAAUCAGGAGGCCAACUCCCCACCGGACCCGGAGGCCACCCUGCUGAACAAGGUUCGCAUUGCUGAGACCUGGCUGGGCUCUUUCAAAGACACCUUCUACAGGCACAGCCCGGAGGCCUUCUCCCUGAGCAAGGCUGAGAAGCCGGACUGCACAGAACGCCUGCAGCUGCAAAGGAGACUGGGGUGUCGAACAUUCCACUGGUUUCUGGCCAACAUCUACCCUGAGCUGUACCCAUCCGAGCACAGGCCCAGGUUCUCUGGAAAGCUCCACAACACCGGGCUUGGCUUCUGUGCAGACUGCCAGGCAGAAGGGGACCUCCUGGGCUGUGCCAUGCUGCUGGCUCCUUGCAGUGACAGCCGGCAGCAACAGCACCUGGAGCACACCAGCAGGAAGGAGAUCCACUUUGGAGGCCCACAGCACCUGUGCCUCGACGUCAGGCGAGAGCAGGUGAUUCUUCAGAACUGCACCGCGGAAGGUCCUGCCAUCCACCAGCAGCACUGGGACUUCCAGGAGAAUGGAAUGAUUGUUCACAUUCUUUCUGGGAAAUGUAUGGAAGCUGUGGUGCAGGAAAACAAUAAAGAUUUGUACUUGCGUCAGUGUGAUGGAAAAGCCAGCCAGCUGUGGCGAUUUGACAAUGUCAGCGCUGUGGAUGAACGAUGA